AUGCCGGAAGCGAGACCCUUGACCACCCCCCUCGAAAGCGCCAAGACCGCCAUGUUCAUCUUUGCCACCGCGCCCCCUCCGCCGGUCUGGCCCGACCAGUUCCACGCGGUCUGCCUCCAGAACCGCAGCGGACACCUGGCGCUGACCGACCUGUGGUACGACUUCCCCGGGGGGCGCAACGCUAACAUCAUCCACCGCCAGCUCGGAUCCACCACUUAUGACAUCGAGUGGACAAACGGGACGAGCUUCUUCUUCUCCGAUCAGGGCGGGGGCUGCCGCAUGCUCCACUUUGACGUGGGUAUCCUGCGCCCGGACUGGCUGAGCGGGGGGCAGUACGUGGGCAGGCGCGAGAAGGACGGCUUUGCGUGCGACGUGUGGACGAAAGCGGAGUUCAUAACGUACUACGCGGAUGUGAAGACGGGGCGACCGGUUUUCUGGCAGUUUUUGGGCUCAGGGGCAGAGUUCCACAUUUUGAGGUUUGAGGAGGGGGCGGUACUGGGGGCGGAGGGGUGGCAGGCGCCCGCCGCGUGUUUUGAGAGCGGUGGUACGGCGGCUUUGCAGGUGGAGGGGCAUUCACUGCUGGCGGAGUUGAGGGGGCGGACGAUCUGA